AUGGCAAAUUUGCUUAUUAUGACAUUAAUGUGUGUAUGGUGUGCGGUUGGAACAAGGGUAUGGGAAAGUGGGUUUAGCAAUUUAGAUCCACCAUAUCUCAAUACUACUGAUAAUCUUAAUUUUAACGCCUUUAUUACAUUUUGGAAUGCAUUGAUCUGUUUUCAAAACAUCGUUCCGAUCUCAUUAUAUUUGUCAAUGGAAUUUGUAAAGAGUGUUCAGGCAUUCUUUAUUUUUAUGGAUAAAGAAAUGCAUUAUGAAGUAACUGAUACUCCAUGUAUUCCAAAGAAUUGGAAUUUAUCUGAUGAUCUAGGUCAGAUUGAAUAUAUGUUUUCUGAUAAAACUGGUACGCUAACGCGUAAUGUGAUGGAAUUCCGCAUAUGUUCUAUCGGUGGUAAGGUCUAUGGAGAAUACACACUCAAUCAAAGCGGAGGUUCAUCUGAUGCUGAAAAUGAAUUAAUAAAAAAACCAUUCACAGAUAAAGAGCUUUCGGUUGAUAUGCAGUCUGCAGAUCAAUUCAAAGCGAAAACUAUCAAAGAUUUUUUCACACUCCUUGCGAUAUGUCAUACGGUUUUGGUUAGUACAAAUGACGAUGGAGAACCACAAUACAAAGCUCAAUCUCCUGAUGAAGCUGCACUUGUGCAAGCUGCCAAGGACGUUGGAUAUACUUUUCGUUCACGUGAAUCAGAACAUAUAUUAAUCACCACACCUGAAGGUGAAAAAGUUCACUAUCAAUUAUUGAAUGUUCUUGAAUUUACAAGCUCACGAAAAAGGAUGAGCAUUAUUGUGCGAAAUCCCUUGGAUGGCCGUAUCAUUAUGUUUUGUAAAGGAGCAGAUAAUGUUAUUUUUGAGCGGCUAAAAAAUGGACAAGAUUACAUAGUUAAUGUUACUGGUGAACAUUUAGAAGAAUUUGCGAGAGAAGGUCUUAGAACACUUUGUCUAGGUUAUGCCGAAAUUAGUCAAGAACAAUAUAAUAAAUGGAAUAUUGAAUUCCGUGAGGCUUCAACUGCAAUUAGUGAUCGAGAUAAGAGAAUUGCUAGUGUUUCUGACAAGAUCGAAAGAGAUUUGAUUCUACUUGGAGCUACUGCAAUAGAGGAUCGUUUACAAGAUGGAGUGCCAGAAUGUAUAGCCACUUUAAAACGUGCCGGCAUAAAAAUCUGGGUGUUGACGGGAGAUAAAAUGGAAACAGCAAUUAGUAUAGGUUUUUCUACAUGUUUAUUAAGUAGGGAAAUGAAUCUCAUUAUCGUUAGGGGUGGUGCUUAUGGAGAACCUGGUAGUGCUUAUGAACAAAUGCGUAAUGCAGUAGAAAAGUUCUUUCCAAGUGAGCUAGAUAUUCUCGAAUCUGCUGCGAAAGCACCUCCUGUAGUAAUGAAUAAUAAUGGUUCUCGACCAUCAAUGACACAUACACGAGAAAUGAGCUUAGGUGGUAUUUCUCUUUAUUCCAAUUUAUCAAAUGUUCAUCGACCCGGUGGGUAUGCCUUGAUAAUUGAUGGUUCGGCACUCAAACAUGCAUUAGAUGAACCCUUUAGUCGGAGCUUACUUUUAGAUUUGGCUUGUCGAUGUAAAGGAGUUAUUUGUUGCCGUGUUUCUCCUCUGCAAAAAGCUAAAGUUGUAGAGUUGGUGAAGGAAGGGAAACAGGCUGUAACAUGUGCAAUAGGAGAUGGCGCCAACGAUGUUAGCAUGAUUCAGGCCGCACACAUUGGCAUUGGUGUAGCAGGAGAAGAAGGACUACAAGCUGUUAUGGCGUCCGAUUAUGCCAUUGCACAAUUUCGUUUUCUUACUCGUCUUUUGUUAGUUCACGGACAUUAUGCUUACAUUCGUAAUUCCAACUUAAUUUUAAACUUCUUUUAUAAGAAUAUGAUUGGCGUCGGAGUUCUAUUUUGGUUUCAAUUAUUUGAUGGAUAUUCUACAACAGUCAUUUUUGAGUAUACAUAUACAUUGUUUUGGAAUUUAUUCUUCACCUGUUGCGCUGUGUUGGCCAUUGGUGUCUUUGAUCGUGAUGUUCCUGAUAGAGUUGCAAUUGAGGUACCAGAAUUAUAUCAAUGGGGAAUGAAAAAGAAAGCAUAUACAAUGCCCAUAUUUUAUGUAUUUAUGUUUGAAGGAAUAUAUCAAUCCCUGGUGUGCUUUUUUGUUCCAUAUUUUGCUUAUGGGUUAGGGAGUGUAAAUGUUGAUGGUCGUGCGCCUGAUUAUCUUGAAUUUGGCACAGAGAUGGCAGCAGCUUGUAUUACAGUGGCUAAUCUGUUUAAUGGGUUUAAUUCUGAAUGUUGGACGGUGUUUCAUUUUAUUUCUGUAUUUGGAUCAAUUGGAUUAAUAUAUAUUUAUAUAGCAAUAUAUAGUUUAGUACCAGAUAUGCAAGAUUCUGGCAUUUAUGGUUUUAAUAAUAUUGUAUAUCGUUCUGCUGUAUUUUGGUUUUGUAUUAUAUUAUCAAUCAUAGUUUCUAUACUUCCACGAUUUCUAUGGAAAUAUUGGCAAAGAAAUUAUUUACCUACAGACUCUGAUAUUGUGAAAGAAGUAUGCAAGGAAGAUCCCCAAUACGACUUUAUUCAUGAUAGUCAGUUCAAUCCAACUUUAGGACUUUACAAGAAUUUGACACGUGAAACAGUUCUUUCUGCUCAAGAUUCAUCUGUUCCUAUUUAUACUGAUGGUACACUUACUCGUACUCCUCGACCUAGCUUUACAACUGAACGUUCAAUGAGUACUAAGUCAGGAUUACAUAUAAUUACACACUCGUUGGAGCAAGUAAAUAUUAUUGAGAUACCGGAGACUCCAGCCAGCAUGACAUUUAUGCAAACAGGAAUAACUUCGCCUAUGCGUGGUUAUGCAUUUUCACAAGAAGAAGGUACUGGAAGAAUUAUGGCACCACCUUUACGACGUCGUAAAACCAAUCCCGGUCCUUUAGGACAUAUUGCUAGAAUUGAAACUAGCCCAAUACGUCGAAUGAGUUUACCGGAUGUGAGAGCAUCUGGUGACUUAACAGCCAUUGAAGAAAGGACACGUAUGGUUCAAUUUAGAGAAUCAAAUAGUUCGACAAGUACAAGUAUUAUACAUUCUCGAAGAGAAAGUGAAAGCUUAGAUGAAUCACCCGUUUCAGAUUCAAUACAACCAAGACUGACUAGUAAUGAAAGUAGUGAACCAAUAGCUAUGGAAGUGAUAAAUGAUGAUGUUAAUGAUAAUAUUGAUCAAGGAAGUACAAAUAUUAAUCAAGAAAAAGAGACGGACAAUACUGAUCAAGAAGUUACUGAAUAA